AUGAUUUCCAACCCAUCACAUUUCGCUAGUUAUAAACAGAGACAUUGUACCGAUAGAUUUUGUUUAAUUCUAUUCAUCGGCUUUGUUAUUGCUUAUAUUGUUCUGGCGAUAAUUGUCAUCAGCCAUGGAAAUCCAAUAAGUUUGAUACAACCAAGCGAUUCUUUUGGUAAUAUAUGCGGACAAAAAGAGUUCAAAUCGCGACCCUAUCAAUUCUAUUAUGAUAUAAGCAAAUGCUUAACCGAGAAUAGUCUUUCACUGGUCUGUCCAACGAUAAAACUAUGCGUUCAAUCAUGUCCUACUUAUUACUCGCAUUACCAACUGUUACAAUCCGAUGAGAAUAAUGAUUAUCUAUCGAAAAAUCGCACUCGUCAGCAGUUGAUCUGCGUAUACAAUUACAUACCGAUGGAAGAUAAUCGCAGUAUUCUCGAAAUGGUCCAAAACAACCUUUGCGCACCGUAUACAAUUCCAUCGGAGCCAUUUUUUGGUCUUUGUAUUCCGUCGAUGAUCACUGAUGUAUUUGAGUAUCAACAAAAUCGAACGUUGAACACUUCUCGUGAACAGAUGACUGGAAUUGCUGGUAUCAGUCGGCUCGUUGCUUCGGAUUUAGAACAAAUUAAAGAAAGUUUGGCAUUAUUCAUACUACUCGGUGGUUUACUAGUUGUGUUGUACAUGUUUGCUCUGACAAAAAUAGCUGGCUUUAUUGUUUUCUUCACGAUUAUUAUAUUCCUUACAGUUUUAUUUGUUUGUAGUCUAUAUUGCUGGUACACCAUCUAUACUGGUCAAGAUUUCGUUUAUGAAUAUAGUGCUAUGGCAAGAAUUAUUAAUGAUUUUGUUAAAUUAAAAACAAUUUAUUAUAUCAUUGGUUGUCUAACAACGUUCUUCUUUGUUUUCAGUUUAAUUCUUACCAUUGUUUCUUUGAAUCGCUUUCGUUUAAGUGUCAUUCUAUUGGAACAUGGAGCCAAUGCCAUCUUUUCCAGUUUAAGUACAUUAUUUUGGUCGCCGAUCGUUCCCACACUGUUCGUUUGCUUAACCAUCGCAGUCGUCUACAUCCAAAUGUGUUUUUCAACCAUUCCUUGUUCGCUGAAGAUUGAUGAUACUGAAUGUGCCUUCCAACAGGAAUUCGGCUACAAUUCAUCCGUUCCAAACGAAGUCGAUUAUUUCACACGUACAACUCUCAAAUUUCUGGUAGAUAACAAAACAAAUCUGAAAUGGUUGAAUUUAUUUGCGUACAUUUGGUUCAGCAGUUUUCUGUUUGCAUUCGAUAGAAUCGUUCAAGCCGGUGUUUUUGGAAAUUAUUACUGGUCGAAACAAUCCUUUACGACUUCAUGUCCACUCAUCUAUUCGAUUGUUAUUACAAUUCGAUAUCAUUUAGGUUCCAUUGUAUUUGGUGCGUUAGUCAUUACGCUGUUCAAUCAUUUACGAAUGAUUCUCAAUUAUCUGAAUCGAAAACUAUCGAGAUUUAACGGAUGUUGUCUACUAACAUGUUUCUUCUGGUUAUUUGAGAAAUUUCUGAAAUUUCUUAAUACAAACUCUUAUAUACUCAUCGCUACGCAUGGUUAUUCAUUUUGUAAAGCAGCGCGUCGAGCAUUUCUCUACAUCUCGACAAAUUGCAUUCGAUUUUUUAUUGUGAUUAACCUAACACAAUGGAUUCUCCUCUGCGGGCGAAUCUGCGUCUCUACAUGUAACGUCUAUUUCUUCUAUCAAUAUCUACAAUGGACAGAUCAGUUGAAUCAUCUGACUCUUCGUUGGAUUCCAUUAAUUCUGAUUGGAUUACUAACUUAUCUUAUCUGCAAUAUGUUCUUUAAUGUUUAUAAUAUGGCAAUCAAAACAUUCUUUCUAUGUUUUCUUGAAGAUUUCGACGAAAACGAUGGGUUGAUAUCAUGUCCUUAUGUAAUGAAUAAUGAACUUUUACGUUUAGUACACAAAACAAACAUUGUCGUUGGAAAAGAAUGA